AUGGCCAUGUGGCAGCUUGGAAACUGCUCAAUUUCCGUGCCCAAUGAAGGUUCAUUGCUUCUCGGGUUAAUAUCGCUGCUAGUUUAUAGGGCGAUCAGGGACGCUCUGCCAGACAAUCCUGUGGCCCAAGAACGGAUCAUUGGGGCAGUCGUCAGCACACUCGGAUUGGGAGAUAUUCUUCAAGAACGCCCCAUGAGCACUGGCGCCGACUUACUCGAGGUGAACAGGGUCGCUUGGUUUUCAGGAGUAAGAAGGAAGCGAUACUGGUAUGGCCAAUUCCAGAAGUCCGCCAAUUGCAAGACGUCCUACCACGGUCCAACUAGAAGCGCCUCUUCAGUCUGUCCGGACCUGCAGAUAGGAUGUGAAUGCUUAACUGAGAGCCGGGAUCCUUCCAGUUCUUCAGGGCUUUCGGGCGAGCUUUGCACAGCGUCGAUAUCAGCUGUCAGCGACGAGCGUCACAGAGCCAGUUCGACACUCCCAUGCAUUGUAACCACGACAUCCCUUCUAACUGAAUGCACAACCGCAUUCUGCCUAGAGGAUGAUUGCCACCUGGCUACUUACCGGCUUACUGGCAAUCAGUUACCCCAAUGCACCCCAUUCCCAGCCCAACGACGACGACUCUCGAUUGGGGCAACACGAACCUUAGGGCGCGACAGGGUUCAAAUGAAGGCAAAGUGCAUUUGGAAGAGACAAUCUUUCUUUCAUGUUCUUCCAGGUGUGGACGUAGCGGACUUUGGCUCACCCUUCCUCGAGCAUUCAUUGGCUCCAAUUCCUGUCAAGUCAAGCGCCCACCCUGCCCGGCAACGACGCGUCAUUUCCAAACGACAGAUUAUGGAUAUUAUCCUACGAUGGUCCCAAGAGGCGACGCGAAGCGGGUGUCGAUCAGGCGGGACCGGGACCUCUGAUGUAGGAGUGGAACAUUCAACAGAGCGAAUCCUGGUCCCCGUUGGGUUCCCGCCACAUUCAGUCCAACGCGAGGAAGCGUGUUAUCCACGCGAUUGA